GAAGGGGGGGUGAACAAAGCCAAGCUCCCGCCAUUCUCCGCCUGCGCCCCCUCCAGCCCCAGGCACCGGGAGGCCAGGGCGCGCCCCCCAGAGCACUGGCGCCGACCCCGAGGCAAAACCCGCGCGGGGGACCCGAGAGCUGGCGGAGUGCGGGUUCAUGGCGGGGGCCUCAGCAGCCAGCAACCAGGACCACCUUAAGAGCGAGCCCCGCCCCGGGCCCGGAGCUCGGGCUGCGCUGAUUGGUGCAAAUGUAAUGGCUGAAAUUGAUUGCUGAAAUGCAAAACUUGUUGCUGCUUUUCCCGGCGCUGGGCGAGAGGCAGACACCGAGAGGGGAGCUGAGACCCUCGGAACGCCCCACGCAGAGCCCCCCCGCCAGCCAGCAGAGGGGUGCGCGGACCCCCCCAGGACUGCCCCCGCCCCCCCAUUCCGGGCUCCUAGAGCGUAGCCGGAACGCCUCAGCCCGCUCGCCUAGCCUGGCCCCCCAACCCGCGUACGCCCCCCUCCUCGGGUCCGAGGGGGACUCGCGAAGCACCUCGGCGCGGAGGCAGGGAACCCGAGCCUUGGAGCGACCCAGCCUCUCGUCUCGCUGCCCGCGCGCGCCUGGAACCGGGCGCGGAGACCCCCGCGAACUCAGAGACCGAACAGAGGAGGACAGAAGCGUCAGGCGGCGGACGUGGCCGCGAAGCGGCGCGCCGGGGUGCAGCGCACCCGCCGCGGAGCAGGGGAACCGCGCCUUCCCUCAAACCUCGGCUCCAACCCCGGGCGCCUGCCGCCUCCCCAGCCCCGCUGCGCCCUCGGCUCAGGGCCCGCACCCGUGAUGCCGAACGGAGCCUCCAGCCUUCCGACCCGCUGAAGGAGCAGUAACCGCUUGCUCGGGGCCGACGGAGAUUGGCGAGCGGAUCGUGCUCGGCGGAGGCUCGGGCUGCGGAGCGCGGGGACUCCGGGGGGAGGGGGGAGGGACCGCUCUGUCCAUGCCCGGGCGCCAGCCACGGCUUUGAAGGGUCUCCUUGUUCGGCCCCUUAGCAGCUCCGCCACGGACUCCGGGAGGCUUCGGGAGACGUCCUGGGGCUUCCCACCCGACCCGAUCGGACUUAAGAAGGUGAUCGCUCUGCUCUCCCUUCCUCCUUCCCGCCUCCUUCCCCCCACUUAACUUUUUGUCUCCACUCGCCCGCAGCUCUGUCCCCUCCGCGCAAACCCACCCGCGGCUGUGCCGACCGCCGGGGCAUGGGCCCCCCAACACGGCUCCCGGAGGCCCCGCGGCACCGCAUGAUGUGAGAGGCCCGGGUCCGGCCAGCCAGAGCUUCGGGAGAGGAGCUGAUAGCCCCCAGCCUCGACACGCCAGGCGAGGUGGCGGUGCGCACUGCGCCCCCGCGGUGCUGAGCGUCCCGGAGCGCCCAACCCAGGGCCGGAACGUUUAGCUGGCCGGAGGCGCGCCGCGGAGAGCAGGCUGUCAUGCCCUAUUGAUCCCCCCGCCCCCUGCCAAGUAUGUUUGGGCUGGACCAAUUCGAGCCCCAGAUCAACAGCAGGAACGCUGGCCAGGGCGAGAGGAACUUUAACGAGGCCGGACUAAGCAUGAAUGCCCACUUUAAGGCCCCGGCUUUCCACGCGGGGGGACCCCCUGGCCCGGUGGACCCUGCAAUGAGCGCGCUGGGCGAGCCGCCGAUCUUGAGCAUGAACAUGGAGCCUUACGGCUUCCACGCGCGUGGCCACUCGGAGUUGCACGCGGGGGGGCUGCAGGCGCAGCCGGUGCACGGAUUCUUUGGAGGCCAGCAGCCGCACCACGGCCACCCGGGAGGCCACCACCCCCACCAACAUCACCCCCACUUUGGGGGCAACUUCGGCGGCCCGGACCCAGGGGCCUCAUGCCUGCACGGGGGUCGCCUACUUGGCUACGGCGGCGCCGCCGGCGGCCUGGGCAGCCAGCCGCCCUUCGCGGAGGGUUAUGACCACAUGGCGGAGAGCCAGGGGCCCGAGAGCUUCGGCCCGCAGCGACCCGGGAACCUCCCGGACUUCCACAGUUCGGGCGCCUCGGGUCAUGCGGUGCCUGCCCCGUGCUUGCCGCUGGACCAGAGCCCUAACCGAGCCGCCUCCUUUCACGGCCUGCCCGCCUCCAGCGGCUCCGAUUCCCACAGUCUGGAGCCCCGAAGGGUGGCGAACCAGGGAGCCGUCGACUCGCUGGAAUACAAUUACCCUGGCGAGGCGCCCUCGGGACAUUUCGACAUGUUUUCGCCCUCCGAUUCGGAGGGGCAGCUGCCUCAUUAUGCGGCGGGGCGCCAGGUUCCCGGGGGCUCUUUCCCUGGUGCUUCGGCCAUGCCCAGAGCUGCAGGCAUGGUGGGCUUGUCCAAAAUGCACGCCCAGCAACAGCAGCAACAGCACCCCCCGCCGCAGCCGCAGCAGCCCCAGACGCAGCAGCAGCCCCAGCCGCCGCCACCCGGGCUUCUGGUCCGACAAAAUUCGUGCCCGCCCGCGCUCCCGCGGCCCCAGCAGGGCGAGGCGGGCACGCCCAGCAGCGGCCUGCAGGACGGGGGCCCCAUGCUGCCCAGCCAGCACGCACAGUUCGAGUACCCCAUCCACCGGCUGGAGAACCGGAGCAUGCACCCGUAUUCGGAGCCUGUGUUCAACAUGCAGCACCCCCCUCCCCAGCAGGCGCCCAACCAGCGGCUGCAGCAUUUCGACGCGCCCCCAUACAUGAAUGUGGCCAAGAGGCCGCGCUUUGACUUCCCGGGCAGCGCGGGAGUGGACCGCUGCGCUUCGUGGAACGGCAACAUGCACAACGGCGCGCUGGACAACCACCUCUCGCCCUCCGCCUAUUCGGGCCUACCCGGCGAGUUCACGCCGCCUGUGCCCGACAGCUUCCCCUCAGGGCCAGCCCUGCAGCAUCCGGCCCCGGACCACCAGUCCCUGCAGCAGCAGCAGCAACAGCAGCAGCAGCAGCGCCAAAACGCGGCCCUCAUGAUUAAGCAGAUGGCGUCGCGGAAUCAGCAGCAGCGGCUGCGGCAGCCCAACCUGGCCCAGCUAGGCCACCCCGGGGACGUGGGCCAGGGCGGCCUGGUACACAGCGGCCCGGUGGGCGGCUUGGCCCAGCCGAACUUUGAGCGCGAAAGCGCGGGCGCGGGGCGCCUGGGCACUUUCGAGCAGCAGGCGCCUCACUUGGCGCAGGAGAGCGCGUGGUUCCCAGGUCCGCACCCGCCGCCGCCGGGGGACCUGCUGCCCCGUAGGAUGGGCGGCUCAGGCCUGCCGGCGGACUGCGGCCCGCACGACCCCGGCCUGGCGCCGCCCCCUCCCCCCGCGAACCGGCAGGCCACGCCGCACAGCGGCCCAGGCGUGAACUCGCCCCCUAGCGCGGGCGGGGGCGGCGGCAGCACGGGCGGCGGCAGCGGAGGGGGCGCCUAUCCGCCGCAGCCUGAUUUCCAGCCCAGCCAGCGCACCUCGGCCAGUAAGCUGGGCGCGCUGUCGCUGGGCUCCUUCAACAAGCCCAGCUCCAAGGACAACCUGUUCGGUCAGAGCUGCCUGGCUGCACUCUCCACCGCCUGCCAGAACAUGAUCGCCAGCCUCGGGGCCCCCAACCUCAACGUGACCUUCAACAAGAAGAACCCGCCCGAGGGCAAGAGGAAACUGAGCCAGAACGAGACCGACGGCGCGGCUGUGGCCGGUAACCCGGGCUCGGAUUACUUUCCCGGAGGGACUGCCCCUGGGGCCCCAGGGCCUGGAGGCCCGUCGGGGACUAGUAACAGCGGCUCCAAAGCCUCAGGGCCGCCCAACCCGCCCGCCCAGGGGGACGGCACCAGCCUCUCCCCAAACUACACCCUGGAGUCAACGUCCGGGAACGACGGCAAGCCGGUCCCCGGGGGCGGCGGCCGGGGACGGGGUCGAAGAAAAAGGGACAGUGGUCACGUGAGCCCCGGGACCUUCUUCGACAAGUACUCGGCGGCGCCAGACAGCGGGGGCGCGCCUGGGGUGAGCCCAGGGCAGCAGCAGGCGCCCGGCGCAGCCGUCGGGGGAAGCUCCACGAGCGAGGCUCGCGGGGCUCCUACGCCUCACGAGAAAGCGCUCACGUCGCCGUCGUGGGGGAAGGGGGCCGAGUUGCUCCUGGGGGACCAGCCCGACCUCAUGGCUUCCCUGGACGGCGGGGCCAAGUCGGACGGUAGUUCCCCGCACGUGGGCGAGUUUGCCUCGGACGAGGUGAGCACCAGCUACGCCAACGAGGACGAGGUGUCAUCCAGCUCCGACAACCCCCCAGCCCUGGCCAAAGCGAGUAGGAGCCCCCUGGUGACAGGCUCGCCCAAACUCCCUCCCCGUGGGGUGGGCGCUGGGGAACACGGACCUAAGGCGCCCCCGCCCCCGCUCGGCCUGGGCAUCAUGUCUACCUCUACCAACACCCCUGACAGCUACGGCGGCGGGGGCACGGGCCAUCCUGGCACGCCGGGCCUGGAGCAGGUCCGGACCCCGACGAGCAGCAGCGGUGCACCGCCCCCCGACGAGAUCCACCCCCUGGAGAUCCUCCAGGCGCAGAUUCAGCUGCAGAGGCAGCAGUUCAGCAUCUCUGAGGACCAGCCCCUGGGGCUCAAGGGUGGCAAGAAGGGUGAGUGUGCCGUUGGGUCCUCGGGCGCGCAGAAUGGUGACAGCGAGCUGGGCAGCUGCUGCUCCGAGGCCGUCAAGAGCGCCAUGAGCACCAUCGACCUGGACUCGCUGAUGGCAGAGCACAGCGCCACCUGGUACAUGCCCUCCGACAAGGCCUUGGUGGACGGCACGGACGACGACAAGACGCUGGCACCUUGGGAGAAGGCCAAACCCCAGAACCCCAACAGCAAAGAAGCCCACGACCUCCCUGCAAAUAAGGCCUCAGCCACCCAGCCGGGAAGCCACUUGCAGUGCCUGUCUGUCCACUGCACAGACGACGUGGGCGACGCCAAGGCCCGAGCCUCCGUGCCCACCUGGCGGUCCCUGCACUCCGACAUUUCCAACAGAUUCGGGACAUUCGUGGUAAUCUUGGCAUACGUUUUUUAG